AUGGAAGUGGAGAAGAGCAGCAGGAGGAGCUGCUUCACUCAGACCUCCUGCCUGGGUGCAGAUUUAGGGGAGGACUCACAGCUGGAGUAUCUCAGUGCUUAUGAGGAGGAGAAGAGCAACUGGAGUGAGUUUUCUGAGCAGGAGGAGGUUGCAGAGGUGAAGGCCGUGCCACCCCGAAUCACAGCAGGGGAAGAAGAUUCUGGAAAGAGCCUCAGACCCAGCCAGAGCGUGGCAGUGGAGCCCGACAUUGCUUUCCUGCCUCCCAGCGAGGAGGCCCAGCCCUGCAAACAGGGAGAGUCCUCCUACUUCAGCGGCUGUGAAAAACCAGCUCGUGGCACCAGCAGCGCUGCAGAGGGUGCUGAAACCCAGCUCCCAGCCCCUGAAAUCCUCCCUGGCAAGAACCCUGUGGGAGCUGCAGAUAAAUCCUCUGCUGGGAGGUCAGAGCGUGGUGGCGCCCUGAGGAGUGUCCCCAGUGUGGCUGUGGAUGCUGGCUCUGAUCCCAGGGCCGCAUUCCCAGCCAGCAGAGGCAGCAGUGCCCCGGUGUGUCUGUGCUCCAGGGCAGUGAGCACAGAGGUGACCAUGGUGAGCAGAGCCCACGAGGGGUGGCUGGGUCAGACCUCCGUGGAUGCUGCUUCCAACACGGAAUGGCCCACGGGAGCUCCCAGCUCACACCUGCAGGAGGAAUUCAAAGAUCACCUUGGCUGGAAGACAGGCAGUGACAGGCCAGCACAUCCCAACAAGCAAACUGGGAAGAAUUCUGCAUCGAGCUGCUGUCAGAACGUCCUGCAGAGAGCGAUUGAAGCAGAGCUGCAGCUCCUGGCCAUCCAUUAUGAGAUGUGCUACCAGCACUGCUUGAAGGUUUAUGAGCUGGCUUUGGAGGAGAACACCUGUCUUGGGAGCUGUGAGAAGAAGGCUGAGUUAUAUUCGUCUCUGCUGCUGGCUUUGGAUGAACUGGACAAUAAUUACAGCACCCUGAGAAAGGAAAUAAACAUGGGCACACCUUUAAAUGAACUUCCACCACUGUCAGUUGAGCUGAAGUUUCCCCCCCUCUCUUCCUUUUACAUUGCCUCCAAGUUUUUCAGAAAGAUUCUUUACUCUGAUUCUCGGAUGUGUUUUAGUGAUCUUUCAGGUGAAGGGAAAGCUGACUUUGAAGAGCCAAAACAGCAAGAAAAGGGGAUUUCUGUCAAUAUGGUAGGGAAUUCUUCACUCCUGGGCUGUGUAAAAAAUGAGGAAGGAAGUGAGUAUUGGUUUGAUGCUAAGGAAGACUUGUCAGUGGCAGAUAUUUCAGUAAUGUGCAAAGAAAUGAAAAAGCAACAAGGAAAGCAAGACUCGAUUGACUCAAGAGGUAAAGUUGUUGAAUCCUUGCACUCAGCUGAGUACAAGGAUGUUCUUCGUCCAUCCAUGUUUUUCCGUGAAAACUUCACCUGCAAAGUGAAGAUAGUGGUGAGUGGGAAGGAACAUUCCUCUGUUCCUGUUGGUGACCCAAAGCCCUCAGUGCCUGAGGAUCCUGAGGAAAAUUCCCUGCAGAAAACAUCCACUUGUUCCUCAGUGAAGUCAUCUUGUAUCUUUGUUUCUCCUUAUGCACUGAACUUGAGCAGCUUUACCAAGUUAGUAAGGAGACUUCAAGAAAAGCAUCCAGAGUUUAGCAGAGCUGAAAUUGUGGGGGCUGUGCAGGAGGUGAGGAGAAUGAACAAAGGAGUGCUGAGUGGCCUGGCCAUCAGUGCUAUUGAGGAGAAGGCCUCUGCCAUUCUGAGGAGUUCCACACCCUACUCUCAGUAGGAG